CGGGCGGCGCGGCGGUGACAGCGCGGCGGCGGCGAGGCCGGGGCAGCGGGAGCGCCGCCGCCGAGGACCAUGAGGAAAUUUAACAUCAGGAAGGUGCUGGACGGCCUGACGGCGGUCUCUGCCGUCGCUUCGGCGUCGUCCGCCGCGCAGCAGCAGCAGGCGGGGAACCGGGAGACCGAAAUCCAGGAGACGCUCCAGUCCGAGCACUUCCAGCUCUGCAAGACGGUACGUCACGGUUUCCCCUAUCAACCUUCAGCCUUGGCAUUUGAUCCGGUUCAGAAAAUACUGGCCAUUGGGACUCAGACUGGAGCACUAAGGCUCUUUGGUCGGCCAGGAGUUGAAUGCUACUGUCAACAUGACAGUGGAGCUGCAGUAAUCCAACUUCAGUUCCUGAUUAAUGAGGGAGCUCUUGUGAGUGCCUUGGCUGAUGACACCUUACACCUGUGGAACUUGCGCCAGAAGAGGCCGGCUAUUCUUCAUUCACUCAAAUUUAACCGGGAACGGAUAACAUUUUGUCACCUGCCUUUCCAAAGCAAAUGGCUAUAUGUGGGCACUGAAAGAGGAAACAUUCACAUUGUCAAUGUGGAAUCAUUUACUCUCUCAGGCUAUGUCAUCAUGUGGAAUAAAGCCAUUGAACUGUCAUCCAAAUCUCACCCAGGACCUGUUGUCCACAUUAGUGACAAUCCAAUGGAUGAAGGAAAGCUUCUGAUUGGCUUUGAAUCUGGGACGGUGGUAUUAUGGGACCUGAAGUCAAAGAAGGCAGAUUACAGAUAUACACAUGAUGAGGCUAUCCACUCUGUGGCUUGGCAUCAUGAAGGAAAACAAUUCAUUUGUAGUCACUCAGAUGGUACCUUGACCAUAUGGAAUGUAAAAUCUCCUACCAAACCAUUCCAGACAAUCACUCCACAUGGAAAGCAGCUGAAGGAUGGAAAGAAGCCAGAACCCUGCAAACCUAUCCUUAAGGUGGAAUAUAAAACAACUAGAGCUGGGGAGCCUUUCAUCAUUCUCUCAGGAGGCUUGUCAUAUGACACUGUAGGAAGAAGACCCUGUUUAACAGUCAUGCAUGGGAAAAGUACUGCUGUGCUAGAAAUGGAUUAUUCUAUUGUUGAUUUUCUAACCCUGUGUGAAACACCUUAUCCUAAUGACUUUCAGGAACCGUAUGCUGUAGUUGUUCUCCUAGAAAAGGACUUAGUACUGAUUGACCUUGCACAAAAUGGGUACCCUAUAUUUGAGAAUCCCUAUCCUUUGACUAUACAUGAGUCUCCAGUUACCUGUUGUGAAUAUUUUGCUGAUUGUCCAGUGGAUCUCAUACCUGCACUCUAUUCAGUUGGUGCUCGACAGAAACGUCAAGGUUACAGUAAGAAGGAAUGGCCUAUCAGUGGAGGCAACUGGGGUGUGAUCACUCAGAGCUAUUCAGAGAUAAUUAUUACAGGGCAUGCUGAUGGAUCAAUCAAGUUUUGGGAUGCAUCAGCAAUAACGCUGCAAGUACUCUAUAAGCUAAAAACAGCCAAAGUAUUUGAAAAAUCACGGAAUAAAGAUGACAGGCCAAACACAGAUAUAGUAGAUGAAGAUCCAUAUGCUAUUCAGAUCAUCUCAUGGUGUCCAGAAAGUAGAAUGCUGUGCAUAGCUGGAGUUUCUGCACAUGUCAUUAUUUAUAGGUUCAGCAAGCAGGAAGUGACGACGGAAGUCAUUCCGAUGCUGGAAAUACGUCUCCUAUAUGAAAUAAAUGAUAUUGAAACUCCAGACGGUGAGCAGGUGCCACCUGUACCAACUCCAGGCACAGGUUCCAAUCCCCAGUCCAUUGUUCCUCAGUCUCAUCCAUCUACUAGUAGCAGUUCAUCUGAUGGACUUCGUGAUAAUGUCCCAUGUUUAAAAGUUAAAAAUUCUCCUCUCAAGCAGUCUCCAGGCUACCAAAUCGAGCUUGUUAUACAGCUGGUGUGGGUGAGUGGAGAACCUCCUCAACAGAUAACCAGCUUAGCCAUCAACUCAGCAUAUGGCCUAGUAGUUUUUGGAAACUGUAAUGGUAUUGCCAUGGUUGAUUACCUCCAGAAGACAGUGCUCUUAAAUCUAGGCACUAUUGAACUGUAUGGCUCCAAUGAUCCCUACCGCAGGGAGCCACGAUCUCCCCGAAAAGCUCGGCAACCAUCUGGAGCAGGUCUUUGUGAUAUAAAUGAAGGUACAGUGGUGCCAGAAGACCGCUGCAAGUCACCCACGUCAGGUUCUGGUUCACCAAACAAUUCUGAUGAUGAACAAAAAUUGAAUAAUUUUAUAGAAAAGGUGAAGACCAAAAGCAGAAAGUUUUCCAAGAUGGUAACCAAUGACAUAGCAAAGAUGUCCAGGAAGCUAAGUUUGCCAACUGAGUUAAAGCCUGAUUUAGAUGUCAAAGACAACUCUUUCAGUCGAUCCCGGAGUUCUAGUGUAACUAGCAUUGAUAAAGAGUCCCGCGAGGCAAUAUCAGCUCUUCACUUUUGUGAGACUUUCACAAGAAAGGCCGACACAUCGCCUUCCCCAUGCCUGUGGGUUGGGACCACGCUGGGUACAGUGCUUGUCAUUGUACUGAACUUACCCCCAGGAGGAGAGCAAAGACUUCUUCAGCCAGUAAUUGUUUCUCCUAGUGGAACCAUCCUGAGGCUAAAAGGGGCAAUCUUGAGAAUGGCUUUUUUGGACACCACAGGAUCUUUGGUCCCACCAGCACAUGAAACCUGGAGAGAACACUAUGAAGAUAAAGAUGAAAAAGAAAAAACAAAAAAGCGACGACCAGUUUCAGUGUCCCCUUCUUCCUCUCAGGAAAUCAGUGAAAACCAAUAUGCAGUGAUAUGUUCAGAAAAGCAAGCAAAAGUUAUCUCACUGCCAUCCCAGAACUGUAUUUAUAAGCAAAAUAUAACAGAGACUUCUUUUGUUCUUCGUGGAGACAUAGUGUCAUUGAGUAACAGUAUCUGCCUUGCAUGUUUUUGUGCCAAUGGACAUAUUAUGACUUUUAGUUUGCCAAGUUUAAGGCCAUUGUUGGAUGUAUAUUACCUGCCACUCACCAAUAUGCGGAUAGCCAGAACAUUCUGCUUCACUGAUAAUGGACAAGCACUCUAUCUUGUCUCACCAACUGAAAUACAGAGGCUCACCUACAGCCAAGAAACGUGUGAAAAUCUUCAGGAAAUGUUGGGUGAACUCUUCACUCUUGUAGAAACACCAGAAGCACCAAACAGGGGGUUCUUCAAAGGCCUGUUUGGAGGUGGGGCACAGUCACUUGACAGAGAAGAACUCUUUGGAGAAUCAGCAUCUGGGAAGGCAUCAAGGAGUCUUGCCCAGCAUAUUCCGGGACCUGGGGGUAUUGAAGGUGUCAAAGGAGCAGCGUCUGGUGUAGUUGGUGAACUGGCACGAGCCCGGUUGGCACUGGAUGAAAGAGGACAAAAACUGGGAGAACUGGAAGAAAAAACUGCAGCUAUGCUUUAUAGUGCUGAUUCUUUCUCAAAACACGCUCAUGAGAUGAUGUUGAAGUACAAAGACAAGAAGUGGUACCAAUUCUGAUGAUUCUCAUCAAUCACAUCUGUUUAAUUUUGUCCUGAUGAAAAAAUCUUGUUUUUUCAUUAAUUUUGGCAGGACCACUGGAAUUUAAAGGAGUAUUCACCAUCAGAUACUGUUGUUUCCUAGCACAAAUGACACACUGUUUUACCUCAGUCCUGGCUUUAACUGAGGAGCUUUAUAUCUAAGAAACACACAUACAAAAAAAGAAACUUGAGUGUUUCUUAGCUGUUGGUUAGCAUAAAGUUGGAACAGAGAAGGAAACUGGAACAUGUGAAAAAGAGAAAAAAGAGAAUAAAAGGAAAUUGUGGUGAGAUGGGCAGGGGCAAUGCAGGGUCAAUCCUGUGUUAGUAUUUCAUAUGCCAAAAGUUUUUGUGCUAUUGUAAUUGCUGCCAGUGUUAUACCCUCCUGUAAGGAGAGGUAAUAAAUCAGGGGUCCAAGAGCUGGAAUCAAGCUGUUUGUCUUGCUGGACAGUAGCUGACUUAAAAUUACCCUCUGUAGGACUUGCUAUAUUUGCCAUUAUUGUUGAAGAAGAGUUGAAAUUUCCUGUCAUUUCUUUCAUUUAAAAAGCGGGAAGCUUGGAAGAUUUCUUAUUGAAAAUUGUAUACAUAGUUGACCUGUGCAUAGUCUUUUCUUGGACCCCUGAUCUAGUAUUCUUGUAUUCACAUCAUAUUCUGUGACGUGCAAAACAAAAGAAUACGUAAUUUUUGCAUUAAAAAGUCAAGUGAAUAAUAUGA